AUGUUAAUGUUACGUAGAUCAGAACUGCCACGUAUGGUGGCAGGGUUAAGACCAAGAAUAAGGUUUCAAUCGACUUCAGUAAAGGGUGACUCCGAGGAAAGGUUACGAAGGGAAUCAUUGAUACAUGGUAAAAAGGUGAAGGAUUUGGAGACUGAUCGUCAGCGCCAUCACGUGACCCAGACCCAGGUAAAACCACCUAUCAAGACGACUGGAACGACUGAAGACGAUUUGGUGUUUUUGGAGCGUGGUAUCAGAAAGACUGACGAAUUGGCGUCUUCUUUCACUGAUUACACUUAUAAAUUUGAAAGAUUACCACCUAAUUAUGGAUCAAAUCAACUUUUAACAGUUGGUAAUGAAUUACAAGCUGAAUUGGACUCAAUUAUGACGCAUUUUAGAGCUCCUAUUAGAUACGCAUUUGGUUACGGCUCUGGGGUUUUUGAACAGAACGGUUAUUCUGGCGGUGAAAAACCUCAAAUGGACUUAAUCUUUGGUGUAUCUCAUCCAGCUCAUUUCCAUUCUUUAAACAUGAGACAAAAUCCUCAGCACUACUCGACAAUGCGUUAUUUCGGAUCUGAUUUUGCCGCCAAGUUUCAAGAGAUUGGUGCUGGUGUUUUCUUCAACCCGUUUGUGGAUAUUCAAGGACAUCAAGUAAAAUACGGUGUAGUGAGUAUGGAUAACCUGCUGAAGGAUUUAGCCACUUGGAAUACAUUUUAUUUGGCUGGUAGAUUACAGAAACCUGUUAAAGUGUUGAAGAACGACUUGAGGGUUUUGUAUUGGAAUCAAUUGAAUUUGAAAGCUGCUGCUUCUUUGGCCAAGUAUUUGACGCUACAGAAGAACAACGGUAAAUUUGAUGAAUUUCAAUUCUAUACGGAAAUUGCAGGCCUAAGUUACCUGGGCGAUAUUAGGUAUCAAUUAGGUGGUGAAAAUCCAAAUAAAGUUUCGAACAUUGUUACCAAAAAUUUCGAAAAUUUCCGUCGUUAUUACCAGCCAGUUUACAAGGAUGUUGUUCACAGUAACUCCUUGUAUUUACCAAGGGAUUUUCAAUUGGAAACAGCUUCAUCUCAAUUACAAGGUAGAAUCUGCAAGGGCAGUACUUCACAGAUGAUUAAGGGAAUUUUUACCGCCGGGGUUUUAAAAUCAAUUAAAUAUGCAUGGGCUAAGAAGUUAAAGACCUGGAGUAAAUGA